UUGUCAGCACACAUCUUUACAGCAAAGUUAAGUUCCUGUGGAUCCAUUACCAAGACACCUAAGACAAUACCUUCUAGGCUCUCUGUCUGAAGAAUUUGAUUAUCUCUUUUCUUGAUCAAGGCUUUUUACCUCUAAAAUUUUAUACAUAUAUAUAUAUAUAGAUAUACUGGGUUUUGACAAUUUUUUGUUGUUGUAACCAAGAUGCCGAGUGGUGACAUUUACAAUCUUGGUUUUAGUUUAAGCAGAGAGAGUUCCCAAAUCAUGAGGAACAAUGACAUGAAUGUUUUUAGAUCAUCUGCCCGAGAUGAAGAAGAUGAUGAAGAAGCUCUGAAGUGGGCUGCCAUAGAAAGACUUCCCACAUAUGAUCGUACCAAGAAGGGCUUACUACUAGGAUCACAAAGGCAGCCCCUUGAGGUGAACGUAAAGAACCUUGGGUUACAAGAAAAAAUUAAGAUGGUCGAGAAGCUGGUGAAGAACACUGAAGAAGAUAAUGAGAAAUUCUUGUUGAAGCUCAGAAAUCGAAUUGAUAGGGUUGGAAUAAAGCUUCCGACAAUUGAAGUUCGAUUCGAGAAUCUAAAUGUCGAAGCUAAAGUCUAUUUAGGAAGCAGAUCUUUGCCUACACUCUUAAACUUUUUCACUAACAUAGUGGAGGGCUUCUUGAAUUAUCUCCGCAUACUUCCUAGUAGAAAGAAACAACUAAAGAUCCUUCAAGAUAUUACUGGAGUUAUUAGGCCUGGGAGAACUGCAUUGCUUUUAGGUCCUCCGGGUUCUGGGAAGACCACACUUCUACUUGCUCUGGCAGGGAUGCUUGAUCGAAAUCUUAAGUUCUCAGGGAGGGUGACUUAUAAUGGCCACGACAUGAAUGAAUUUGUUCCACAAAAAUCUGCUGCUUAUAUAAGCCAACAUGAUCUCCAUAUACCCGAAAUGACAGUUAGAGAGACAAUGGCUUUCUCAGCCAGAUGCCAGGGUGUUGGAUCACAAUAUGAUAUGUUAACUGAAUUGUUGAGAAGAGAGAAAGCACUAAAUAUCAUGCCAGAUCCUGAUAUCGACUUAUUUAUGAAGGCAUCAGCCAUAGAAGGCCAAGAGAUGAACAUUGUUGUAGAUUAUAAUCUAAAGAUUUUGGGACUAGAUGUUUGUGCAGAUAACCUAGUAGGCAAUGCAAUGUUAGGGGGUAUCUCUGGAGGGCAAAAGAAGCGUCUCACUACGGGGGAAAUGCUGGUUGGACCAGCAAAGGUGCUGCUAAUGGAUGAGAUAUCUACUGGUUUAGACAGCUCCACCACUUUCCAAGUAGUGAAUGCAAUUAAGAGAUAUGUCCACAUUCUAGAUGGUACUGCUCUGAUCUCUCUCCUACAGCCUGCACCUGAGACUUACAACCUCUUUGACGACAUUAUUCUCCUCUCUGAUGGAUGGGUUGUGUAUCAAGGACCUCGUGAACAUGUGCUUGAAUUUUUUGAAUCCAUGGGGUUUAAAUGUCCUGAGAGAAAAGGAGUAGCUGACUUUCUUCAAGAAGUGACGUCAAGGAAGGAUCAGGCUCAAUACUGGGCACAUAGAGAUGAGCCUUACAGAUGUGUUACAGUCAAGCAAUUUGCAGAGGCCUUCCAGUCAUUUCAUGUUGGCCAGAAACUCAAAACCGAGAUCAGCAUCCCAUUUGACAAGAGGAAAAAUCAUCGAGCUGCCUUGACAACCAAGAAAUAUGGUGUUAAAAAAAUAGAGCUCUUGAAAGCUUGCUUUUCAAGAGAGCUCUUGCUAAUGAAGAGAAACUCAUUUGUCCACAACUUCAAGAUCUUCCAGCUAGCAGUGACAGCAUUCAUCACAAUGACAGUCUUCCUACGACCUAAGAUGCAUCGAAAUUCAGAGAGUGAUGGAGGGGUAUUCAUGGGUUCUAUCUUCUUCUUACUGUAUGUAACCAUGUUCAAUGGAUUCUCAGAAGUAAUCAUGACCAUUGCAAACCUUCCGAUAUUUUACAAGCAGAGAGGUAUGCUUUUCUAUCCUGCAUGGGCAUAUGCUCUUCCCUCAUGGGUCCUUAGGAUCCCCCUGGCAUUUGUGGAAAUAGGAGUGCUCGUUUUCCCAAGUUAUUAUGUCAUUGGCUAUGAUCCAAACGUAGGCAGAUACUUCAAACAGUUUCUCAUACUUUUUCUUAUAAAAGUCAUGGCCUCUGCAUUCUUUCGGCUUCUUGGAGCUAUCACAAGGACCAUGGCUUAUGGAAACACAUUUGGUGCUUUUAUAUUGAUGCUUUAUUUCAUUUUAGGUGGUUUUGUCCUUUCAAGAGGGGCUACGAUAGGAUUCACAUUGGUGUACAAUUUCCUCUACACUGUAGCUCUAACUUAUCUCAAACCAAUAGAGAAGCGUGAGGCCUUUGUAUCCGAGGAAACAUUGAAAGAGAAAGAGGAUGAUGGUACUCAAGAAACAAUGAUGCUCCUGCAUCGAGGAAGCAAAUCUACAGAGAGAGGAAAUGGAACUUUAAGAAGAGUCUCCUCUGCCAUUACAACUGCGAUGACCGGAGAUUUUGCAGAGGCAUCCUUGAGACAAUCCAAGAGAAAAGGAAUGAUUCUUCCGUUCGAACCACAUUUAAUAACUUUCGAUGAUAUGAGAUACUCAGUUGAUAUGCCACCAGCAAUGAAAGAUCAAGCUGUUAAUGAAGAUAGACUGGUGCUUUUAAAGGGUGUGAGUGGCUCUUUUAGGCCUGGUGUUCUUACAGCUCUAAUGGGUGUUAGUGGUGCUGGGAAGACCACCUUGAUGGAUGUUCUGGCUGGUAGGAAAACUGGCGGAUACAUUGAGGGAACCAUAACUGUUUCUGGACACCCAAAGAACCAAGAUACAUUUGCUCGAAUUUCUGGUUACUGUGAACAGAAUGAUAUCCACUCUCCUCAUGUUACUGUCUAUGAGUCCUUGCUCUACUCAGCUUGGCUUCGUCUGCCUCGUGAAGUCAAUUCUGAAACCCGAAAGCUGUUUGUUGAGGAGAUAAUGGAACUUGUGGAACUGUCUUCGCUAAAGGAAGCACUGGUAGGAUUGCCUGGUGUGAAUGGCCUGUCUUUGGAGCAACGUAAGAGGCUUACCAUUGCAGUUGAGCUAGUGGCAAAUCCCUCCAUCAUAUUCAUGGAUGAGCCAACCUCAGGGCUUGAUGCAAGAGCAGCAGCCAUCGUUAUGAGAGCAGUUAGGAAUACCGUUGAUACAGGAAGAACAGUGGUCUGUAACAUCAAUCAGCCAAGCAUUGACGUAUUCGAAGCUUUUGAUGAGUUAUUUUUACUAGCAAGAGGUGGGUUGGAAAUAUAUGUAGGUCCAUUGGGUCGAAACUCUUGUCACCUAAUUAGUUACUUUGAGGCAAUAGAAGGGGUAACUAAAAUCACGGAUGGUUAUAAUCCAGCAACAUGGGUUCUGGAGGUAACAACUUCAGCACAGGCAACUCUUGGAAUCAAUUUCCAUGAAGUUUACAGGAAUUCUGAUCUUUACAGGAGAAACAAAGCUCUUAUUCAAGAACUAAGCAAGCCUUCACCAGGAUCAAAAGAUAUAUACUUCCCAACAAAAUACUCUCAAACUUUCUUCAACCAAUUCAAAGCUUGCUUGUGGAAGCAAAAUUGUUCAUAUUGGAGGAACACAUCAAACACAGCUCUUAGGAUUCUGUUCACGGCAUUUGUAGCUUUGGUGUUUGGGAGUAUAUUUUGGGACCUUGGCUCCAAAAGGAAAAAGCGACAAGACCUGUUUAAUGCAAUGGGUGCUAUGUACUCUUGCGUUAUCUUCAUUGGUGUCCAAAAUUCCUUUACAGUGCAGCCAGUCGUCUCAGUUGAACGAACUGUCUUCUAUAGAGAAAGGGCUGCCGGAAUGUAUGCGCCAUUGCCUCAUGCCUUUGCACAGGUUGUGAUUGAGCUACCUUACCUCUUUGCACAAGCAGUGCUAUAUGGGGUGAUAAUUUAUGCUAUGAUUGGAUAUCAAUGGACUGCUGCUAAGUUCUUCUGGUACAUGUUCUUCAUGUAUUUCUCGUUAAUGUAUUACACCUACUUUGGUAUGAUGUCCAUAGCGCUGACUCCAAAUCAGCAAGUUGCUACAGUUGUUUCCACUGCAAUCUAUUCCAUGUGGAACCUGUUUUCCGGAUUUUCCAUCCCAAGACCUAGAAUUCCUGUGUGGUGGAGUUGGUACUCUUGGUUGUGUCCAGUUGCUUGGACCUUGUAUGGAGUGCUUGCGUCGCAGUUUGGUGACUUAGAAGACAUGCUUGACAAUAAUCAAACGGUGAAAGAAUUCUUGAAGAGUUAUUUUGAUUACAGGCAUGAAUUUCUUGGGGUUGUAGCAAUUGUUGUUGUUGUUUUUGCUGUGGCCUUUGCUGUCAUAUUUGCCCUAUCUAUUAAGUGGUUGAAUUUCCAAAAGAGGUGAUGGGAAAUGAAUAUUGAGUAAAACUGUAAUUCCAUU